AUGGCUCCUAAGCGCCCCAAUUUCCUUAUUGCCGUGGCCGAUGACCUCGGUUUCUCGGACAUAGGAUGUUUCGGAGGUGAAAUCCGCACUCCGCAUUUGAAUCGACUGGCUGAGCAGGGUGUUCGAUUCACCGAUUUCCAUGCUGCUGCCGCCUGCUCACCCACCCGGGCCAUGAUCAUGACCGGCACCGACCAUCACAUCGCUGGACUGGGCAACCUCGUUGAAUGGACCAACAUAUCCGGCCAGAACGGGCCCAAAGGCUCGCAGAUGAGCACCGCCCCACAGCGAGGUAUGCCUGGUUACGAGGGGUAUCUCAACGAGCGUGUUGUCGCCCUGCCUGAGGUUCUUCGCGACGCUGGUUACCACACCCUGAUGUCUGGGAAAUGGCAUCUAGGCCUCACUCCGGAGCGGUCGCCCUUCCAUCGGGGCUUUGACCGGUCUCUAGCUCAUCUGCCGGCCUGCUCCAACCACUACGCCUACGAACCUCAGUUGCAGGGGAACGAUGAGACGCCUACCUUCUUGGAAGCCAGCUACAUCGCCCUGCACAUGGAAGACGACAAGUACGUGAAGAAGCUGCCUGACGGCUGGUACUCGUCGGACGGGUACGGCGACAAGAUGGUCGACUACCUUCGUGACUGGCAUGACCGUGAAGACGAGCGGCCUUUCUUCGCAUACCUCCCCUUCACGGCGCCACACUGGCCGCUCCAGGCCCCGCGCGAGUACAUCGACCACUACCGUGGCGUAUACGACGACGGCCCGGACGCCCUCCGACUCAAGCGUCUUCAACGGCUGAAGGACCUUGGCAUGGUGCGUCCCGACGUCGAGCCGCACCCCGUGGACGCGGAGGAGGUCAAGCCCUGGGACGAGUUCACCCCGGAGGAAAAGAAGCUAUCUUGCACGGCGAUGGAAGUCUUCGCCGGCAUGGUCGAGUGCAUCGACGCCAACGUUGGCAAAGUAGUCGACUACCUCUCCUCCAUCGGCGAGCUCGACAACACCUUCGUCUGCUUCCUCUCCGACAAUGGCGCCGAGGGCGCCGCCUACGAAGCCUACCCUAUGGUCCAGAGCGGCGUGAUGCCCCAUCUCCAAAAAUACUACAACAACUCGCUCGACAACCUCGGCAACGCCGACUCCUUCAUCUGGUACGGUCCGCGCUGGGCCCAGGCCGCCACCGCCCCGUCCCGUCUCUACAAGGCCUUCACCACCGAAGGCGGCGUCCGGGUACCCUUCCUCGCUCGCUUCCCCGACUCUGUCCCCGUCGCCGACCACGCCCGCAACGGCGGCAUCACCGACCAAUUCGCCACCGUCAUGGACCUUGCCCCAUCCAUCCUCCACAUGGCCGGCGCCACGCACCCAGCACCCAGCUACCAAGGCCGCGAGGUCGUGCCCAUGCGCGGCGCCAGCUUCUACGACUGGGCACGCGGCCACACAUCCCGGAUCCACGCGCACGAUUUCAUCCAAGGUUGGGAGACCUGCGGCCGCGCGGCCUUGCGCUUCGGCGACUGGAAGAUCGUGUAUAUCCCGAAGCCGAAAGGUCCGGAGCGCUGGCAACUGUACAAUCUUGUCGACGACCCCGGUGAGAUCCAUGACCUCGCGGACAUCCACCCGGAUCGAUUGCAUCAGUUACUCAAGCUCUGGGAUCAGUACGUUAUCGAGACGGGUGUGAUUCCGCUGAAUCCCGAUCUGGGUGAGUUCUUGGAGGCUACGGAGGCGCAGAUGCCGGAGAAUGCGUGGAUGGAGUAUGACUACUGGAAGAAGGGGGCCAGGGAUGAGCCGGAGAAGUUUAUGCGGAAGCCGCCAAGGUUGCAGAGGGUUGUGAAACCUUUUUAG